UACUUUAGCCUGAGGUGCCAUGUAACGCCAGGAUACCGAUCGGAGUGAAGCAUGCUCUACUAUGGGCAAGCGGGUCUGAGAACGCAGCCUGUGUAAGGCGGGGGCGGGCAUGACGUUCAGAUUCCCUCGCUUGGCUCUCGAGCCUUUCUUCACACGUGUUCGGGCUGAAAGAUUACUGGGGCCUGGUGAUUUCCAAUCAAACCACCUGAAUCCUUAAAAGGGCGGCAGGAAGCGUUGUUGGCUGUCACGAAAGAAGGGAAUAGAAGCGGAACUCGUCCACUGGCGUCUCCCGCAUUCCGUCGCCCGGGAAGACCUUGUAGCCUUUCCUCCCGGGCUACGCCCCCUCCCAACAGGUGCUAGUGAGUUGCAGCCGGCUGCAAACCACACCCAGCCCUUCCCUUCCUACAAUAAACGCCGGAGGAGGAGGAGGGGGAGGAAGUCUUCGCAAUGUCGGGUGCCCCCGCAAGGUGCCGUGUGUUUGUUUGGCUGCGGCGCGGCUGCGGGGCCCUGGCCCACCUCGCGGCUUUGGGGAUGACUGUUUUUCUGCUGCUGCUCUCCAGGCCUGGCACUAGUUUAUUUUCCUGGCACCCGGUGUUCAUGUCAAUUGCACUCUGUUAUGGUAUGGACAUGCCGGAGGGAAUUAAAGGAGUUGCAGUUCAGCAGGUAAGGACCCACAAUCACCUAACCCAAGUCCUGUUUCCAUGUGAAUCUUGGAAGUGGGGGAAUACUAUUUCAGAGACCCUCACAACCUCUGGCCACUGUGACAUGACUUCAACACUGGGGACGAGAUGUAUAGGUAAGUAUCAUUAGCAUACUGAUGAUGACACCUGACCCCAAACUGAUGGAUGUCCUGACUCAGCAGCCUCAUAUAGAAGUUAAAUAGGAUGGGUCAAGCCUUGUGGUACCUCACCAACAGGUCAUUGGGUUUGACCUCCCUCUUCCUGUCAGUUCUAUGAAGUAUAUAGAUCACGAAAAUUGACUUCACAGGAAUACUAGAAUUAUACUUUAUUGAGAUAGACUAUAAUAGCAGAAUCUUGCAAGUCUGAUUAUGUUUUCCCUUCCCUUCCUCUUAUGCCCCAGGCAGUCAGGACAGAGCCAGGCUGAGUCUAAUACUUUCCUGCUUCACAGGGAUUAACACAUGUUGCUACACCUGUUGCUGUCUUAAUGGCUCCUGGAUGGCUUCUCCAAGCUAAUCUCCAUGGCUUCCUAAAUCUCCUACCAUCACCAACUGAAACCAACCAUGGAGAAAGGAGAACCAUUGCACCAUAAUUCCAUGCUCCCCUUUCCCACUCCUUGCAGUCAGUCCAGAAGGACACCGAGACCUAUAGUAUUGAAAACUCUAAGCAAUCAAGAAGAACCAUUCUUCUGGUUAUACUCCCCCAUCCCAGCUCUGUCACAGGUCAUCCACAAGCAUAAUUAAUGUCAUCCCUGUACUAUGUACCAACUGUCCUGGAACUCUUGCUUCUUCAGAACUAUGGCUCCUGUAGUUUUUUUUGUUUUUGUUUUGUAUUACCAAACUUCUUAUUAGCCUUCUGUCACAACUCAUCUUCAUUUCCUUGUCAUUUGAUUUCAUUAUAAGGCUAAGAUAAGUUGCACCUUUUCCACCUGUUAGCGUAGUAUGAUCCCAGCAGGGUACCAUGUUUCUCCCAACAUGUUUCUAUUAAGGUAGGUGCCUAUAUUGCUUAUAGGUAAGUGUAUUCCUCAAGGAGUAAGUGUUGCAACUGUGGUCCUACAUCUUGUAUCUCUCCCCGACCCCACUACUUGCAAUUGUGAUUGUCAUGCAAAGAUUUUUAAAAAGGCAGUUUACUUAAGAUCAAUUGGUCAGAAACAAAAGCUGAAGAAAAUUCAAAGCCAUAUAGCUGAUGUUCUUGUGUUCUCCUACUUCUCACGUAAUAUAGCAAUAUUUUGGCAUUUAGUAAAAAUGUGUUGAAUAUAAUUCAGAUAUUUUGCUUUGAAGUUGUACAACUUCUGUUUUCUGAGGUAAUAUUUUAUAACUGAGGAAAUCACAUUUUAUGUUUUGUUCUUAUUGCGUGAAUGGCAAACUCUGUAUCUCUACUGCAGUCUUCCCAAACUGCUUGUCUUCCAGACAUACUGGGACUGUAACACCCAGAAUUAUAGAGGAUUGCAUCGUAUUAUAGGAAUAUCUGGAAGGCAUCAAUUAGGGGACAUCUACUCUAUUGUCAUAGCUUGUAUCUGGCAACAUAGUUUGGUGUUCUGAGUUAGCUUGCUGAAAUCACAGUAGCACAUUUCUGAUUUGCUGUAGCAUUAGCCUGGCAGGACUCUGGAAAUGGAAAGUGGAAAGUAGCUGAAGAAAAGUCUGGAAGUGUAGGUUAUGUUAACUUUAAAACCAUAGUCAUUAUAGUAAGUGAAAAUUACAUAUGAACUGGAAUGGGGAGAGCUUACUUUCUGGCUGCAUAUUCUCCAGGAAGUUUUAGAUCACAGUAUAUAAUAAGUCUAUACUGAGGUGUGUUAUGUAUCAGUAGUUCUUUUCCUAGCUGUCUUGUUAUUUGCUUUUCUUGUUUCAUGCUUUCACUUGGUUAGAAAUCUUAGCUUGCAAUUGUGAUGUUUUUCUGCUUAACUUCAAGGAAAUAUCUCUGAAACUGAAUCUUCAUAUAUUGACAAUGUACAUAGCACCAAUUCUGUUGCCCCAUUUAUUUGCUGGGCACACAGAUGGUAUGCUGUGCCCAGCGAAUAGUUUCAGGUGUGCACACGUGUAGUCGAAGGUAAUUGAGUGAUUUUUGAUAUCUCUGUAGGAAGGCGGCUUAGAAUUUGAAGUUCCAAUCCCAUAUACAUUGUUGGCUGGCUUCAACAAUGAAUCUUGCUUCUGAGCAUGUCAAGCCUCUAGUCUGGAAUGCAGAGAGCCCCUCCUGCUAUUUAUCACCAAGUACUGUAGAGCUAUUCUGGUGCACAUCCUGGGUUGCAUGUGAUUGGGUGGCUAUAUAAAUAGAUUAAAUAAAUAUUCUGUAAUUUCCUUCUUGAUAGAUUUUUGGUGAUUGGAGAAAUGACAAAAAUAGCAUUGGGAAAACAUAAGACCUCAGCAGGAAGAUAGUGCCUGGACCACUUCUCCCCAACAGACUCCAACAGCAAAAGCUCCAUGUAAAAAUUAAAAUGUUUGCUCCUUUUAGAUACAUUCUCUCUUAACCAAAGGCUAAAAAUCAAGUUUGCCUCAACCUGUAAUUGCAUUGCCAUUUCAUAGAAGAAAGGUUUGUUUUUACAGUAUUCUUUCUUUCUUCCAUUCUGCAUUUUUUGGCUACUUUCACAUGAGUCUUUUAAUAUGCAACCCCCUCUACCCAUCCAGGGUCUGGCAUCUUUUUAUUUUUUGCUGCAAAUACAUUAAUAAAUUACCAUCUUUAGAAAUUGCUAGUACAAUGCACUGGUAUUGGUUCAACUUCAUAAUUUUGUGUGGUGGCCAAGUUCCCUUUAUCAUCAGUCUCAUUUUUUCCUUUCUUUCAUCCUUUCUUUCUUAUUAAUGCUGGGUGGUAGGGUAAUCCUCUUACUUCAGAAGACUGGGGUCAGAACUGCAAUUCCCCCAUAACUUUUCAGAAUUAGUAGUUUUGCAUUUAUAGUAACAUACAUUACCUCUCUUCCUCUGUUUAUCUAUCUGCAUCUCCCAUCUGCCUGCAUUCACCUUUCCCAGAAUAUAAGACUAUAUACCCUGUAGGGAUUCAGUCUUGAUCAUUGUUAUAAAACUGUUGAUUAAUGACAUUAAUGAAUGGUGUGUUGAAGGAAAUCUAUAUUUGGUUAGCAGAUGGUACAAAAUUGGAUGGAACUGUUAACAGCCCAGAAGACAGAAACAAAAAAUGGUCUUGAUAAGUUAGAAAUAUGGGCUGAAGGUAAUAUAAUUAAAUUUGCCAUAUAAAUGGAAAAUCAGUCACUUAGAAAACAGGAUACCUGGUUUGGCAAGAGGUGUGUGAAAAAAUCUUGAAGUAAUAGUUGAUUGCGAGCUGCAUAAGUUCCAGCAGAAUGAAGUAGCUGCAAAGAAGACAAGCGCAAUUAGCCUGGAUCCACAGAAAUAUAGUUUCCCAAUUGUUCUACUCUGUUCUGCAUUGGUCAGACACCACUUGAGUAUUGUGCCCAGUUUUGAGAAUCGUAUGUUAAAAAUUCAGACAAACUGGAACAAGCGUGAAGUAGGGCAGUAUGGAUAGAGGACUGGAAGGUAAGUUGAAUAAAAAGAGAUUGAAAUCAUUAGAAAUGUGUAACUUUGAGAAGAAUGAUCAGGGGAGGGCGGAGCUGGCGUCGCGGCGAUACGGCAGGCGAUCCUGGGCUCCCAGGAUAGCAGCCAAUAUCUCCCCCCCCGGAUGGUCCCGAUGGACCUAAGCCGUCCUGUAGAGAUGGCGAUCGCAAAGGGCGCGUCCUGCGGAUCUCAGGGACACCGCAAGUCCCAGAUUGAUCCCAGGAGAAGCUCUUGAAGCCGGCGGAGGAGAGGCAGCCAUUUAAUGACUGCGAAAGCCGGGACAGCUCCAAAGGAAGAAGAAAAAGAGGGGUGUCAACCGGGUGAGAUGGACCUUUACUAUUCAACUAUUCUUAGAGAAUACCUUAAGGAACUUAAAGAGAUUUUUAAAAGUGAAGAAAAGUGGAUUAAGCGGCGAGAUUGAGCCUUAUAAAAAAAAG